CCGAGAAGGCUUGCGGAAGGACGGCUCGCAUGGAGGGAGCCCAGGCAGGCAGGUCAAGUGCGGUCAAAGCGCCUUAGCCUAGAGAUGGAGAUGCGCCCCAAGGCAGGCUGGCCACGAGAGGCGGGACCAAGGGAGGCCCAGCCGAAGGGGGAAAAGGAGGCCCUUCCCGGCCUUCCUGCUCCUCCCCUUCCCGUCGCUGCUGCUUUUGCUGCUUCCAAGGCUUGCUGGUUGACCGGGCGAAGCUUAAAUUAUAGAUGCGGGUAAAAGAUCCAUCAAGAGUGGUCUCUGACAGAAGUAAGAGACACAAAAAGUCAAAUCAUCCUCAGGAUGAAGACUCUUCCGAUGAUAUAGCAGGCCUUACGUGCCAGCAUGUAAGUCAGGCAGUAGAUGUGCGUAAUGUGAAGAGGGCAGUGGCUCAAAAUCUCUGGUCUGUAUGUACAGAGUGCUUGAAGGAAAGAAGAAUAUGUGAUGGCGAGCCCGUAAUGCCUUCUGACAUAUGGCUCUGCCUGAAAUGUGGCAUUCAGGGCUGCAGUCAAAACUCAGAAGGCCAGCACUCUCUAAAGCAUUUCCAAACAGUACGGGUAGAACCUCAUUGCAUUGUAAUCAAUCUCAGCACAUGGAUUGUAUGGUGUUAUGAAUGUAAUGAAGAGCUGUCAACACACUGUAACAAGAAGGCUUUGGCACAGAUAGUUGAUUUCCUCCAAAGACAUGUUGCUAGAAGUGAAUCAAGUUCAUCAUCAAAAGUUAUAUGGAUACAUGAAGAAAACAAUGAAGCAAAUGAUAUAUUAAAGGGGAAAGGUGUAAAUUCCAGCUGGGCAUCUGUUCCAGUUAAAGGCAUCAAUAAUUUAGGAAAUACAUGCUUCUUUAAUGCCGUCAUGCAGAAUUUGGCACAGACACACAUGUUAAAUGAACUAAUGUGUGAAAUGAAAGAAAAGGGGGCAAAGCUAAAAAUUGGUCAGAGUCCAGCAUCUCAACUGGAUCCUUUGGUAGUGAAUCUUUCAAGUCCUGGGUCACUGACAUCGGCUAUGUUCCUGUUCCUUCACAGCAUGAAAGAAAUGGGGAAAGGACCUCUUUCUCCCAAAGUUCUUUUCAACCAGCUCUGUCAAAAGGCUCCUCGGUUUAAGGGAUAUCAACAGCAAGACAGCCAAGAAGUUCUCCACUAUUUGCUGGAUGCAAUGAGAAUAGAAGAAACAAAGCGCAUACAAGCUGCAAUCUUAAAAGCAUUCAAUAAUCCAACCACCAAAACAGCCGAUGAAGAAACAAAAAGAAAAGUCAAGGCCUAUGGAAGAGAGGGUGUUAAGAUGAACUUCAUAGAUAGGAUCUUUGUUGGUGAAUUGACAAGCACUAUCAUGUGUGAGGAGUGUGAAAAUAUUUCCACGGUAAAAGAACCUUUCAUCGAUCUUUCACUCCCUAUUAUAGAAGAGAGGAUCUCAAAACCUGUUCCUUUUGGAAGGACAAGCAAAAAUAAAACAGAUAUUGAUCAAUACAGCUGUUCUUCUAUAAAUUCUCUGAAUAACCAACAAUCAAAACUACCUAGGAAGCAGUCAUUAACCAAGGAGAAGAACCAGGUGAACCAUGAGAAAAGACUUACCAAGCAAUCCUCCUCUGGUGAAGAAGAAGCGAUUCCUUUUAUUAUGCAGGAAGAAAUUGGCCAUAGCAAUGCUGAAGGAAGAGCUAAAGGUUCAUAUGCAAGAGACAGCAAUACGGCCAUAGAUUCAGGAGGAGCAAAUGGGAGCCCGAUCGAAGGGAGCGAAAAGGAAGCCAGCCACUCCGAAAGCAGCAUGGAUGCAGAUAGCGAGGCCUCUGAAAGUGAAACAGCUUCCAGUAGAGCUUGCUGCACGCCUGGUUUGUGCACCAUUGAGCAUAAACAUGUACCCGGAAACAUUACAUUGCAGCACAACAAUUCAGGCUGUAGUAAUACAGACACACUCACAGAUGCCUUGUCAAGACUGCGCUUCAGCAACAGAGCCAAUGAAAGUGCGGGGCCUUUCCAUAAGGAUCCCCUAUCAAGCCUGUCAAAUAACUUUCCAGCAGAGAACCCCUUGUUAGUGCAAGGCCCGCAAAAUGCUUUCCAGACCCUGUCGCAGAGCUACACCACUAGUUCCAAAGAGUGUUCUGUGCAGUCAUGCCUCUACCAGUUUACCUCGGUGGAACUGCUAAUGGGAAACAACAAGCUUCUCUGUGAGAACUGCACAGACCGGAAACAGAAGUAUCAAAAGAAAUCAAAUACCACUGAAAAGAAAACAGAAGGUGUGUACACAAAUGCCAGGAAGCAGCUGUUGAUUUCUUCCGUUCCUGCUGUUCUUGUUCUCCAUCUGAAAAGAUUCCACCAGGCUGGUGUGAGUCUAAGGAAAGUAAACCGCCAUGUGGAUUUCCCACUUGUUCUGGACUUGGCUCCGUUUUGUUCUGCUUUUUGCAAGAACGUGACAGAUGGAGGGAAAGUUCUCUAUGCCCUUUAUGGAAUAGUGGAGCACAGUGGGUCAAUGCGAGGAGGUCACUAUGCAGCGUAUGUGAAAGUCAGGACACCAUCAAAAAAGCUUUUGGAACACAUUUCAGGCAAUAAAAAUGUUCAAGGUUUAAAAGACUCAGGAGGAACAUCUAUAGGACAGUGGGUCUUUGUCAGCGAUACCCAUGUACAAGCAGUUCCUGAAUCAAGAGUCUUGAAUUCACAAGCUUAUUUACUUUUCUAUGAACGAAUGUUGUAGUUACAAACAGUACUGAAGUCAUUAAAACAGUAGCCGUUAACUUGACUUACUAAAACCCAACAGACAAUGGCAGUAUGUGUAAACGUUGUGCCUUCAUAUGUUCUUGAGUAUAAAGUUUAUGAUGAUUUAUUACUCUAAAACUGUGGCUUGAAUCCAGAAAAGCCGAAGUCUGCACAGAGCACUUUCAUGCAUGUUUAGAUUCUGCUGGCCAACUUUGCUGUCUGUCAUCUAUCAUACAAAAGAGAAUUUUGCUUAAAAAUACCCCAAACUUUAGUUAUUUUGUGUGGAAUGCGGAGUGUUGCCAUCAAAAAAAGACCAAUAUUUGAAUGGGGCAAUUUUGUUUUUCUGAUUCCAAGCCCAAGCAUUUAUGUUUCAAUGUCCAGGAUUCAUUAGAAAUAAUGUACUCUGAAACCGAAACAUUUCAAUGUGGGCUAGCAAAACAAACAUUAUAAAAACAUACCAGAAAAGAUCUUGAUAAGACUGAGUAAUGCCUGAAUUUUCUAGUUCAUUAUGAUAAUUGCAUAUCACCUUUGGCAUAUGAAUUUUUUCGAAUGUAUUGCACAAAGUUAUAAUUUCAUUGAAUGGGAAGCAGUUGUUUCAGGAAAUAAAAGUUUACUAGACAAA